AUACUCUUAUUUUUUUACUUAAGUGCUGAAUAUGUUGACUCGGCAGUAUCAACACGAAGACGUGGUCCACCACUUAGAAAACAAGCAAAUCUACCAGCAAAUGAAAUAGAUCCAAAUGUUAGUCCAAAUUUAUCCGCACACCAUCAAAAUACAGUUGCACCAAGUUUAACACCAACUGUUGGUGUAACAGAAUUAGUUAGUACAUCAAAUGGACAACAACAAGCACCAAGCGUUGAUAGUAAUAGUGUUGUACAAAAUAUUGCUGAUGGUUUAGAUUUAACAACUUUAAGACCAUUUAAUGAAGUAAAUGUUAAUAAUACUGUAUUAGAUCCUGUUGAAGGAUUAACAUCAUCAUCAUCAUCAUCCUCGUCAUCAUCGUCAUCAUCAUCAUCAGCGUCGUCGCCAUCAAAACCAUCACAACCAACAAAUGUUGAUGAUCCAAAUCCAAUAAGUAAAUUUUGUAAAUGUACGGAUACAUUAUGUAAUUGUUGUCGUGAUUUUUCAUUACCAUUGGUACCGGUUAGAGGACCUGGUUGUGCAAAAAUACAUUAUUUAGGUAAUGAAAGAAUGUCAGUACAAAUUAAAUAUGGUGAUAUUGUAUUAGCACAAAGGACCAUAAAUGGUAAAAAAGCACCACCAGUUUGUGUUGGUUUACCGGGUGGAUUUACAAAGUUUUGUGCUAGAAUAUAUGGUUUAGCUAAAGAAAAAUCUGGUUUUAAAUCAUGUUUAAGUUUAGAAUUAAGAGCUGAAGAUGAAUUAGAAGCACAAUUACGUGUAUCAUGUUUUCGUUUUAAUAAUAAAGGUUUAACUGUUACUGAAGCUGAACCAGUACCACAAAUUGAAAAUGAAAAAGAUGAUGAAGAUGAUGAUGAUAUUUUUGGACUCGGUGGUGGCGAUGAAGAAGAUGAAGAUUCAGGAGAUGAUUAUGAAGAUGAAGAUACCGAUACUGAAGACGAUGAUGAUGAUGAUGAUACCGGCGAUACUGAUUAUGAUUUUAGAUUUAUAAGUGACGUUUUUGGAUCAGAUGAACAAAAGAAAACAAAAAAUAAUAACAAAUCUAAAAUAACAAUUGUACCAAAUACAAAUGAUUAUGAUGACGGUGCAUCAUCAAUAGCACAAUUUAAAGAUAUACCAAUAAAUUCGAAUGGACAUGAAAUAAAACAAAUCGAUAAUAAUAUUAAAAAGACAACAUCUAAAAAAACAAAAACGAAAAGUGGUAAAAAGAAAAAAAAUAAUGAAGAUGAAUAUGAAAGUAUUACAGAUGUAUUUUUUGCCGUAUUAAAUAGUAUGUUGUAUUAA